AUGGGCCCCGGAGCACCUCCCGCCAGCUGGUCCCAGAGUCUGGGAGGGUUUCGGUGCUCCCCCUUCCCCCACCCAGCCCUGCAUGUUCUACACAGCCUGGCCCGGGCCCUGCUCUUCCCUGCCUACUGGGCUCUGGACCGGCUUCUGGUCUGCUGUGUGCCCACUCCCUUCUCCCAGGGGCCGGGGCAUUUUCUAGGCGCUCUGCUAGGAGGCUUAGCUUCUCUGCUGCUGCUGCUGGCAGCCCUUCCGCUGCUGCUCCUGGGCCUGCUGCUCUGGUUACCUCUGCAGUACUGGCGACGGCCUUUCUGCUACCAGCCGCCUCCUGGGAACUGGACACCCCCCUCGCCCUGGUGUCCCCCCUCAGAUCCCCCCCGAAGCUUCAGAUUUCUCAGUGCCAACCUCUGCCUGCUGCCCGAUGGCCUCGCCAGAUUCAGCAACCUGAAGCACAGCCAGCAUCGAGCAGAGUGGACAGGCACUGCCCUGCUCAGGGGGGCCAGGGGGCCAGGCUAUGGGGCCACAGGCUCCAGCCCGCCCCGGGCCGGCUCCCUGGUAGGGCAGCUGGUCUCAGCCCUGCCCGGGAGCGUGGACUUUGUGUGCCUUCAGGAAACCUUUGAUGUGCGGGCAUCGAGCAGGCUGGCCCAGCGCCUAGCAACCACUCUAGGCCCCGUGAUCUAUGAUGUGGGGACCACGGGCAUUCAUCCAGGCCCCCAGCUCAAGCUGCUGGGCAGUGGGCUCUUGCUGGUCUCCCGAUACCCUAUGCUGAACGCCCGCUUCUUGCCCUUCCCUAACGGCCGGAGGGAGGAUGCUCUGGCUUCCAAGGGAUUGCUCUCAGUUCAGGUGCAGCUGGGCAUGCUGGACGGGCGCAGGAUCGUGGGCUACCUGCACUGUACUCAUCUGCAGGCCCCCGAGGAGGACUGGGCCAUUCGCUGUGAGCAACUCUCACUCCUGCUGGGCUGGGCGGAGCAGUUCGAGGCACAAAGGGACAAGGACACCGACGCCGUGGCCUUCAGUGUGCUUAUGGGUGACCUCAAUUUUGACAACUGCUCCUCAGACGAUGCCCAGGAACAAGAGCACGAGCUGUUCACCCACUUCAGAGACCCCUGUAGGCUGGGGCCAGGCCAGGAUCAGCCCUGGGCCAUAGGAACGCUGCUGAGUGCCCCAACACUGCAUUGCCCAGUGGCCUGUUGUCCCGAGAAACUGAAAAGUGCUCUGGAGCAGGAGGAUGGCAAGAACAUGUACCUGGCAGGCCCUCCCUCGGGGGACCUCCCCUCAGGGACCUGGAGAGGCAGAAGAAUAGACUACAUCUUGUACCGGGAAGAUCCAAACCCCCUUUUCAUCCCUGCCCUAGAGCAAAUGACUUUUAGCACAGGCCUGGCGGGCCUCACCGACCACCUGGCUGUAGGGCUACAACUCCGGGUUUCUCUGACCCAAUAAUGGCGAAGCCCACGGAAGGACCAAAAAGACUGUACAAUGAAAGCAGCAAACUGUGAUCCUGGCUCCUCCCCAGCCCCUCCUUUCUGGUAUGGGGGCAACUUCAGGGAUUUUUAUUGUUGCCCCAGCCGGGUGCUCACCUUCCCCCUCACACACAUUCCUGUGCCUGUUGGUAAUCGAAGAUGCUGCCUCGUGCAGAAAAGCAGAUAGUGUGGGAUUUGGAACCAGGGACAGAGAGAGAGGCUGGCUUCUUAGGGUCCCCGUACCCUCCUCCACCGGGUGUCUGAAGGCAGAAGACAUCCUGAAGUGAUAAAGAAAAGACUUGAGUCUCCCCUCCCUCCUUUUCAUACUUCUCCCCUUCCUAAACGGAGCCAAAUUAAACAAUGAACACCAGCAA